GCGAGGGGGAAAGAGAGAGAGAGAAAGAGAGAAAGAGAGAAAGAGAGAAAGAGAGGAACCUGUACUGCUCUAUAACACAAGGAGAUAGGAAUUCGCCAGAGAUAAUAAUAAUAAUAUUUCCACACGAUUUUUUUUGCCGAGUUGAACUCCGGGUCGCUGUUGACAGGCGCCGCACCGGCACACACCGCGGCUCUCCUCUCUAUCUCUGCCGGAGCUGGACUCUUUUAUAUAUUUUAACAGAGCUGCACCGGUCCCUUUUUUGAGAGUGUUUGUCAGCGGUGUUUCUAACUGGUGAAGGAUAUGCAGUGUGAUUGAAGAGAAUGGAGAGAAGACAAUGAAAUGAAGAACAGAAGUGUGGCGGAAAAGUACUCAAAACCUCUUUCCACUGACACAAUGAUGACCUGGAAUUAAGACAGAAAUGUGUUUGUUCGGACAAAGAGACCAUAAGCACGUGUCAAAAUAAAUGAUAAAGCUACAUGCAUUGCUUUCUAUGGUGCCUGUGGCAUGUAGAUAGUUUGAACUACUGAUUCAUUGACAGUGCCAGAUGAAGAUGGAUAGAUGGUGUUGCAUCCAGUAACUGGAGAGUGCUAAAUGAGCUGCUGUGUAAGCAGCUUGAUCCCUGGAUGAUUGAAGGCAGAUAACAAUUGAACUUAAGCACGCUAGACUUACCUAGAUGUGCAAAAGCAGAUCGCAGUAGUUUUUUUGGAGCUUGUGAAAGACCAGGUAGUACAGGGUAGUUUGGAUUGUACUAUGAAUUCUAGAGACAGUGUGGAGGUGAUGGAGACCCGGGCAGCAGGGAAGGAGAAGCUGGUUGGAGACAAGGUCAGCCAUAGAAAUGACAUUGAUGGGGAGGAAGACAAAACCCCAGGGGCUUUUGACUGCAACGUCUGCGGACGCAGCUUCCCGUUCCUCAGCUCAUUGUCCCAGCACAUGAGACGACACACUGGUGCUCGCCCUUACAAAUGCCCCUACUGUGACCACAGGGCCUCUCAGAAGGGCAACCUCAAAGUUCACAUCCGCAGCCACAAACUGGGCACCCUCUCCAGCCACCACUCCAAUGAGGAUGAAGAGGGUGGAGCCGAGGAGGAGGAGAUGAGUGUUUCAGAGGGCCUUGAUGGAGGUACGAGUCCAACUAAGAGCAGCUCAGCCUGUAACCGGAUGAUUAAUGGGGAUAGUGGAGAGGAGAGUCGCAGGAAAGUGCCUGGUAGGAGCCUGAAAAGAGAAAAGCCUGUUAAUGACCAGAGGCCUUUCUGUUGCCGUCUCUGUGGCUACGAGGCCUUUCGAGAAGAUCAGCUCCUCAGCCAUAUUGAAAAGGUCCACAUAACAGCAGAUGCAGACGAUGAUACCACUGUUAAGGAAGAGGUUGUGCCCGAACCUGAAAUCAUCCAACCUCAGGGUGAUGGGACCUUCCCCUGUGAGACCUGCGGCCAGGUGUUUACCCAGGCCUGGUUUCUGAAGUCACACAUGAAGAAACAUGCAGGGAUCCUGGACCACUGCUGUCGCAUCUGUGGACGACGGUUCCGUGAAGCCUGGUUCCUAAAGUCGCACAUGAAAACACACAACACCAAAUCCAGGGCACGGUCAAAAGGGGAAUCUGCUGAGCCUCCAGCCACCAUCAAUGACGUAGCUCAGGAUCCCGAAGUUGUCACUAGCCACAUUUCAUCCAUCUAUCAAGUGUGUUCCAAAUGUGGGAACCUGUUCCACAACAAAGAGAGCCUGAGGGCCCAUGAAAAAAUCCACAGUGUCAGCUAUGGCAGGAAAUCCCCAAGCCAAUGCCAACUCAGUGAUGAUGAGGACUCACCAGCUGCUAAGAGAUGUUUCUUUGACUGCUUAAACCUCCAGCCUGUUGAGAAGAAAACUCUGGAUGAAGAGGAGAAUGAAAAGCUAGGUCAAAGAAUCCCAGAGCUAGAUCCAUUUUGCAGCUACCAGGCCUGGCAAUUAGCUACAAAAGGAAGGGUUGUUGAGCCAGUGGAGGCAAUUUCCAAGGGCUCCUAUGGGGUAGGAAGUAUGGGGGAGGAAGCCCUUGCCGGGGCCGCUGUGGUUUUUGAGAAGGAGAGCAGCCGUUAUGUCCUUCAAAGUCAAGGGAAACGUAACUCAGGGCGACGCAGCAGCUCUGGUUUUGGAAGCCAUGCUUCUUCAGGGGACCGGACACCAGAGAGCCUCAGCGACUCCGAGUACCGGCCUUCGUCUCGCCAGGAGCGGCGGCGACCAUCUGCCUCCAAGUCCAACGAAUGCUUUGAGUGCGGGAAGGUGUUCCGUAGUCGUCACCAGAUGAUCGUUCACCAGCGGGUACACAGGAAGGACGGAGGCAGGGUAUCUGUGGGCUACAAGGAAAGAGCUUCAAGAGACGAGCGAUGGGGCUCUACCAGUGAUCCCGAGUCAGGUUCCCCCAGCCGGCCCAGCACCCCGGGGUAUGGGGACUCUCCACCAGCCUCCACCCUCGUGAACCAGGCCUCAGAGAUGGGUACGGCAAACUCUGGAGAGACUACAGAUGAGAAGCCUUACGUCUGCAGCCUUUGUGACUUUGUCACCAGAGAGCUGCAGGUCUACUCGACUCAUGUUUGUGUCCAACACCCCGCUGCCCCCGGAGAGAGACCCAGCCCUAUUCCCAGCCCCUGCUCAAGCAGAGGCACCCCAAGUGGUUACCCCAAGCUGAAGAAAGCUCUCCUCCAGGGGAUGAACAACUCAGCAUCUCCUCCUGCUUACCUCUCAGCUCGAUCCUCCCCGCUCGAUCCCAGCAUGACCCCUGUUGAUCUGUGCAUGAGGGCCAAUGGCUGCAGGGGCAUAGCCUCCCUAACACAGGACAGGAAAGGUCUCCCAAGCCACAAGUGCUCCUUCUGCUCCCACUCCACCCGCUACCCCGAGGUGCUCUGGAUGCACCAGACUGUAGCUCACCGCAUCAACAGCAGUAGCUCCAAUCUUGCUCCAAAAUGGGCACUGAAAAAUUGUUCCAAGGGCUCCAGAGACAAUAUAUUAUCCCCCAGGAGACGCACUGGUCCCCCGCCAAUGCUGGAGGGGAAGGAAUGCCCAUCGCUGCCUCCACUGAUGCGUGCCCAACGCACCCAGCCUCCAACCAACUCUAUCGAGGUUCCGAAGAAGAGCAAGCCAGCCAGUCAAGCAGCCAUGCCAUCAUCAUCCUCCUCCUCAACCCCCUCUUCCUCGACCUCCAGAGUCUCCUCAUCCACCUCGGGAACCCAAGCAGUGAGAGUCCCCGUCCGGCCUGGCAGCAGCAGCAAAACCAGCAGCAGUGUCAGACACAUGGAGGACCAGAGUCAUCAGUCCCGCUUCAGACCCAAAGUGGAUAUUUACCCUCGGGGCGGCUUGUCGUCUUCCUCCAGCUCUUUGGAGAAAAGCACCGGUGCCGCCUCACGCUCCUCAGCCCCGAGCCCCAGCGCAGCUUCUGCAUCCCGGAUCUCUGACCGCUAUGUGAUGCCUCAAGAGGGCCUCGGCUUCAUGCUGUCCAGCAAACAUGGCCUCGCGGAGUACAGCCGGGCUAGAGGUUCCCCUCAUCAGCCGCUUCCCAACGCCCACGGCCAGAGCCGGGUUAAAGCUACGAGGCCCAGCACCAUCACCCAUAGCACCGCUGCAGGACAUGACUACGGAGCCUACCAGGCACAUGGGGGCACUUUGCUGAACUCUUCCUCCUCAUCCUCCUCCCCCUCCUCUUCUUUGCCUUCAGAGGCUCGUGGAGAUGUCAAGCAGGAGCCAAUGGCAGAGGCGCCAGAGACGCCAACAGACAUUCUCGGCUUCCUCAAUAACUACAGCCCCCAUGAACUGGCUUCCCUCUACCACCGCUGGGGGGCGGCCAACGCACUGAUGGAUCCCACUGGGAUGAUGAGGUCUCUGAUGCGGCAGGGACAGUAUUUCUGCCACGAGUGCGGGAAGAGUUUCAGUCAGCCCAGCCACCUGCGUACACAUAUGAGAUCCCAUACAGGGGAGAGGCCAUUCUGCUGCCAGCUCUGCCCAUACCGAGCAUCUCAGAAAGGGAACCUAAAGACACACGUCCAGAGUGUCCACCAUUUGCCUUUUGACAACAGCCAGUAUCCCGACACAAGGAGUCUAAUACUGAGCCAGGAGGAGCAAGGAGCGCUGGCUGCCAAACACACACCGACGCCACCACAACAACAAGAGUAACCCAUCUGGACUGAGGCCAGUCUAGUCAGGGACAACCCAAAAAAAAACACCAUUCCUAAAAAUGAGAGGACUGGAAGCUGGACCCAAGACUCAUGAUGGACCUCUCCUUGCCACCCAUCACCCUUUAAUUAACUUAGACACAUUUUCUACAAUGAAGGCUAGUCGUUUUCUUUUUUUAAUUUGAAACAAGAAGGUGGUUAAAGCUGUGCUAGGCAAUUUUGAGGAGUGUCUUAUCGACUUACAAAAAAUGAUUCUGCAGUAUCUUCACCAGAAAUCGAUAUUUUGCUUCUUUAGAUUGACAACAAUUAGCAGGUUGUGUUUAGUUGACCUUAAAUGAAUUCUGAAUAUAGAACUCCCUAAAAACACAAAGAGUAACCUCUUGCUGCCAUUUCAGAGGUACAGACCGAUUUCAGCCUGUGCAGCUUUACAAGAAAAGCAAAGUUGUAAUAAAACAAAGCGGAGAAACUGAACUUGAAUGCAACUGCUAGCUUUUUGAAUCAAGGACUAUGGCAUUGCAUGGCUGCUGUAGUUAUCUUUCCCUUUCUUUUUCUGCUUUAGCUUUAUUGUAGAAGAGGUUGUGCAUUCCUCAGGACACCAAUCAUCAGAGUUGAGAGAGAAGACGCUUCACAAUUGAUCUACAGUCAAUUGACGCAUUGCAUGUUCUUUCUUCCUCUGGGUUUAUGAAGAUCUAGACAUGCAUCUGUCUGUGUGAAUGUGUGUGUGUGUGUGUGUGUGUGUGUGUGUGUGUGUGUGUGUGUGUGUGUGUGUGUGUGUGUGUGUGUGUGUGUGUGUGUACACGAGUGUGUUAAACUCACUUCCCUCCACUCCAAAGUGUAACGUUAGCAGUGCAGUGACCACUCUAAGGCUGUGUAGCUGAUGAUUAGAAGGAGAGAGAGAGAGAGGUAGGAUUAAAGGCAGAAAGAGAACGCUAAUGGGGGUGUCUGCUUUAGUGCUCAUUAAAAAGAGUGUGCGUUUUUAAUAGCCAAUAUAAAUGAGCGUACCAUUUUUUAUGGCCGUUCAAUUAUUGUCCAUUUAAGAGGAAGUGACUGAGUGGAGGCAGUUUCCCUCCAUAACUCCAUCAAAUGAAGGAGUGUUUCCGACACUUCUGACUUUGAGUUAGACCGACUACAAAACAGUAGGGAUGACAGGAAGACGCUCGCUCGCUGUGGAUCGCACAGAAUAGACUCUUGUGCUAUUACAAAAGAGAAUAUGGUAGUGCUACGUGUUAGCUAGUGAAGAUGCAUCUUAAUGUCAUGCUUCUAAAGGGUAACACAGACCUUUUGGCUUAAAGCUUUGGUAUCAAAAGCAAGCCAGUCUCUCUGGUUAAAAGCCUGUGGCACAGAGUUUUUAGCACCAAUGUGACCUAAGGGGCAACAAGAUAUUUAAAUAAAUACUUCACCCUCAUUAAGACUGUUUGCAGAUCAGUUAAUCAGCCUGUGUUAUCUUGAAUACUUUAACAGUUUAUAUUUUUUCCUUUCAUGCCUCAUAAAGUUAUUUAUUUACAAAAGCCAGUUUUGCCCAUAUUGGGAAUAAUGUAUUCCUCUGAUUAGGUAGAUUAUCUUCUACACAAAGUAAAGGUUUAUUUGUUUGCAUUUUUUUACUAUUGUAACAUAGUGAAAAGUUCUACCUUUACAGGGGUCUCAAAAUGAGUCAAAUGAAACUAUUUCAGAAGCAAAAUUCAUCUUCUCAUAUAAAUCUCGGCAAAAAAAGGAAGGAAAAUAUCUCAAACUAUUCCUUUUUCAACUUGAAACAACAAGAGAGCAGAGCUUCUUUUGCUACCAAACAUUUAAGCAGAGUAAACGAGCCGAACUCUCACACUGUCGGUCUCUUGGAGGGUGAUGUGAAGAUUUGCAUUCUAGCCGGAAAAGAGUGAGGAGGUCAGAUAAAGAGGGAGAGGGCAGCCAGAAGCCAGGAGGUCAGGCUUCCAGAGAGUUCAGGUACAGGAGAUGGAGACAUUUUGAAGUCAAUUGAAUUGUAGAGCCGUCACAGCCUUAACACUGGUGGGUGUGCAUUGGUGUGUGUGUGUUUGUAUGUGCAUUCUCAGUCCUCUCUGUACUGUAUAAGAGGUUGACUUGUCACUUCUGUGUACUCCAGCCUUCCUCUAGAUGCUUUCUAUACUAGCCUACCUCCUCUGCAAUGGAAGUGUGUUUAGUUUAUUGGCUGGUGGAGUAGGAGGAGAUGCUCUCUUUAUGUCCUGGGCUUGUUUUGUAUCUCUUCAACAUCCUCCACAUUUUUGAGAAAGCCAUGCAUUGACCAUAUCAUGUAUAAAAUAAGUAUUUAGCCACCCCUUUCUAAAUAGUCCCCCCCUUUCAAGUUUAAAACCUUGUGUUUGAAAUGUAGGCCAUGGCAAUAAGUUAUUUUGGAUCCAGAAGUGACUACAUUUGGAUGAUCCAUUGCUAUAUAUCCUGAUUGACAGGUUGUUGUAUCACAAGGUGGCCAAGCCCUAAAGAGUACUCUGCUUUAUCUUUUAUUUUACUUUAAAUGGGAACAUACCCUACCCUAAAAAAAAUAAUUAGGGUAGUUAGUUAAUUAAAAUAAUUAGGGUAGGGUCGUUUUCUCAUAGACUUCCAUACAAUUUGACUUACUUUUGGAGCCAGUGGAUUCGCCCCCUGAUGGUCUUUACACAUAAUGCAGGUUUAGGCACUUCUGCAUAUGCCUGACUUUCCAGACCCUGAGGCUACGUCCACUUCUUUUAUACAGUCUAUGGUCUUGCCACGAUGGGGAAAAGAGAUGAAAGCAAGGCAGUUGAAAGCGAAAUUACACAGCAAGAGUUGAAAUGUGGAGACAUUUUGUACGCAUAACAUCAAAAAUCAAAGCAGUUAAAAGAUAUCGGAACGUAAACAGUACUAUACUUCCCAUCUAUUUGAAGACCUCAGCAGUUUUUCCCUAAUGAUGAAAUGGUUGCUAUUCCAGUGGGUUGUUGAGUUAUGCUUACAGCGUUGUGUGCUUGAAUAUGCCUAAUCAUACACAAAUGUGUGUAUUGAAGGUGUGGGUAGUGAAAAUACUUGAAAUAGACACUCUAGCCUUCGAGGUAGUGUAGUACUAAUACCAAUGUUGUACAGAAUUCCCUUUAAGAUUAAUUCCUCAGUGAUGAAUUUGUACUCCGAAGUGUGACUUAGAAAAACUUUGAAGCAGGAGUGAGUGUAUGUAAUAUAAAACUGUCUAUCUGUAAUCCACUCUUACCAAACCCUUAUAUACAGCGGUAGAAACCAAAUGGCAUUACUAGUGCACUUAGACUAGGUUACUGCUUUAACCGUUCUCAUGUUGUCCAAUACUAGCUAAGGUUUCUUUGAGAAUGUCUUUUUAAUGGUGCCGGCUAACACACUUCAAUGUCACUUGGGGUUUAGAGGCUUUUUGUUAGGAUGUUUCCAUAGAUUUCUAUUGACAAAUGAUUUGUUCUGUGACGGCUGUGUGGCACUGCUUUUUAGCUUUGUUUCCUUACUGAAAGUUGGAUAAUUCUAGGUGCAGCAGUGCUUCUUUUUUUCAUAAUAAAGAUGUAAGAGUUUGUUUUUAGUAUUUCUCUUUACUAAACUGUAGGGUUUGUUCAGUAGCUAGCCAUGGCUGCCCUCCCACAGGGGCUGGCACGUGUUGUUCUUUUUUCUUUGGUUGGGUUUUUAUCAUGCCUCUUAAGUUGUAUUAUUUGUGUUCGUAUUGCUUUUUUAAUUAUUAUUUGUUAUGAACUUCAUGAUUAAUUUACCUUAGAAGAAAUUAUUAUUCCAAGUGUAUUUGGUUGAUAUGUAUUUAUUAUCACUUCAAAAAGGAUUAGAGGACAGAGGCAGACAGCAGCGUUUGUUUAAUUCGAUUUUUUCUUUUCUGGGUUGUUCUUUUGUUUUUAUACCGUGUAGUUUUCAUGCCAGCAAGCCGGUGUGAAAGCUCUACCUCGUCUGAGCCAUUCUCAGUUCUGUUACACUUUUGUACAUCAUUUCAAAAAGAUGUAAUGUCAUGUCCACAAUAAAAGACACACAAAAUGGCA